AUGGCAGCCCUCCGCCUCCUCGCCCUCACGACCCUCGCCUCGGCCCUCACCAUCUCCCAAAUCAACGGCCCCAAAUACCUCUCCCCCUACGCGGGUCAAACCGUGUCCAACAUCACCGGCAUCAUAACAGCCAAAGGCCCCAACGGCAUCUGGCUGCGUUCGCCCACGCCCGACCGCGACGACCGCACCUCGGACUCCAUCUACGUCUUCGGCAAAACCUUCGGCGCCAACCUGACCGUCGGCGACGCCAUCGUCAUCGGCGGCAAGGUCGAAGAGUACCGCUCCAACAAGGAUUACGUCCCUCUGACGGAAAUCGCCUCGCCGGUGCUCGAGCGCAAGAUCUCGAGCGGGAACGAGGUGUCGCCCUUGGUGAUUGGCAAGGAUACAGUGAAACCUCCGACGGAGCAGUUUAGUUCGCUGGACGGAGGCGAUGUCUUCGCCGUGCCCAACAACGUCUCGCUGAUCUCGGUGCGGAAUCCGACGCUGGAGCCCAAGAAAUAUGGCAUGGAUUUCUGGGAAAGCUUGAACGGCGAGCUGGUGACGGUGAAGAAGCCGACGGCGCUCUCGAAGCCCAACAACUACGGCGAUACGUGGGUCGUUGGCGACUGGAAAGUGACGGGAAGGAACAAGCGGGACGGCUUGACCAUGACCAACAAGGCAGAUGCAAACCCCGAAGCCAUCCUCAUCGGCUCUCCCCUCGAUGGAUCCUCCAAUCCCAAGACGACCAAGCUGGGCGACGAGCUGGCCGAGAUCAUGGGCGUCUUCACGUAUGCCUUCGGCUUCUACCGGAUCCUGCCCACGACCGCGCUCAAGGUCGUCCAGUCGCAGAAGCAGGCGCUUCCGUCCGCAACAAGCCUCACCUCCGAAGGCAAAUGCGACGGCCUGACCUUUGGCGCGUACAACGUCGAGAACCUCUGGACGCAAUCCGCUCACUUGCCGAAAGUGGCUUCGCACAUUGUCACGUACCUCAAGUCGCCCGAUCUCAUUUUCGUGCAGGAAGUCCAGGACGACAAUGGCGAAACCAAUGAUGCCGUUGUCUCCGCAAACCAGACCCUCGCAGCAUUGACGGCAGCCAUUGCGUCGGCAGGAGGCCCUCAGUAUGCCUUUACGGACAUUGCACCCAGCGACGACAAGGACGGCGGAGCCCCCGGUGGAAACAUCCGAGUAGCUUAUCUCUACAAGCCUUCGCUGGUGCGCCUGUACAAGCCCAAUCCAGGAGGAGCAUUGGAUGCAAACGAGGUGCUGGAUGGGCCCACGCUCAAGUACAAUCCAGGGCGUAUCGAUCCGGCGAACAACGCAUGGACGGCUAGUCGCAAGCCGCUGGUGGCGCAGUGGGAGGUGAUUGGGAAGAAGGGCAAGGGCGAGGGCAGCUUCUUCACAGUCAAUGUCCACUUUGGGUCCAAGGGAGGGAGCAGCAGCCUGCAUGGCGAUGCGAGACCGCCCGUCAAUGGCGGGGUGGAGGACCGUAUGCAGCAAGCCGAGCUGACGGCGCAAUUUAUCAAGGCCAUACUCGCCAAGGAUCGAAACGCCCGGAUCAUCACGGCAGGGGACUUCAACGAAUUCGCCUUUGUGGAGCCCAUGAAGCGGUUCGCCGGCAUCUCGGGGCUCGAGGACCUGGACGAGGUGGCCGGGAUCCAGGACGUGGAGCGGUACACGUACCUGUUUGACAUGAACACGCAGCAGCUCGACCACAUGUACGUCAGCGCGGCGGUGGCGAAGAAGGGGAGGAAGGCGAGGUAUGAGCAUGUCCAUAUCAACACGUGGGUGGACAGCGAGGCGCAGGUCAGCGACCACGAUCCGUCGGUUGCCAAGCUGGACGUGUGUGUGUAG